UCAACAGAGUGCGGGGGGGGGUGCAAGUAUUCUCCGAGUCCGUCCCUGUCCAGCCGCAACGUCACCGCUUUCGCCCUCCCCUGAUCUGUCCCCAAUCAUCAUCUCAUCAUUCAUCGCCCAUCCCAACGAUCUCCUCUCUACAAGCACCAUCCAGAGAUGCCUGACUCGGACGCCCCCACCUCGCCCUUCACGGCCGUCGAGCUGCGAAAGGCCACUGUCCUCGACGGGGCUUCGCUGUUCUCUGCCCAACUGAGCGGCUAUAUUUCCUCGACCUUUGGCGAGGAUCCGGGCACCUAUGCGACGCAGUUGCGCUCGCUCGAGAACCUGAGAGAAGAUGCCGUCAACCCAGACAUCCACACCUCCUCGGUCGACCGCAUUCUGCAAUAUCAUGCCCAGCUCUGGCAUCUGUCCAAAAAGUUUCCUAUGGAUGAGUACCAUAUCCGCAUAUGCUUCACUUGGGCUAACUCGCUCGGAAAGGAUUCCAAGAGCAUAUCGAGCUUCAACGUCGACUUUGAGAGGGCCUCUGUCGUCUUCAAUCUUGGGGCUCUCUAUUCCAAGCUCGGGGCUGCCGAGUCGCGAACGGCGAUCGAGAGUGUCAAGCGAGCCGCCGCCUACUUUCAAAGUGCUGCCGGUUGCUUCCAGUUUCUGGAGCAAGCCAUUUCGACCGAGUUCGCCAAAGCGCCACCAUGCCCAGACCUCAGCCAGAAGACCUUGGGCGGCUUGGCCAGUCUGAUGCUUGCUCAGGCACAAGAAUGCGCCUGGCAGAAGGCACUGGGCGACAAAAUGAAGAACUCGAUCAUCUGCCGGCUGGCCAAGAAGGUCUCGGAACUCUACGAGCAAGCACACGAUGCCGCCAAGGCCUCGGAUGCCUUUCCGAAUAGCUGGCUAGCAACCUUGAGGGCCAAGACUCUGUACUUUUCUGCCCUGGCUCAGUUCCGAAAGUCCAAGGACUGCUCGGCUGCGUCUCAGUUUGGCGAGGAGAUUGCCCGGCUCGAACUGGCCAUGAAGGACUUGUCACGCGCCCUCGAGUCGUCGUUGCAAAAGCAGCUCCAUGCCACUUUGGCAGAGGAAUUGAAGAGUCUUCAGGUCGAGAUCGAUGCCGCCAAGAAGCGCGCCGAGAAAGACAAUGAUCUGAUCUACAUGCAGAUCGUUCCUCGUCCAGAUGCGAUUGCCGCCAUCAACGGCGCUCAACUCGCUCAGCCGACGCCGUUCCCCGAGCUGUCGUCCAUCCUAUCUCUCCCUCCGCUGUUUUCGUCUCUCGUUCCGUUCGAGGUGCACCAGGCAGCCUCGCUUUACACCCUCAAACGCGAUGAAGUCAUCAAGGGCAUGCGUGAGCAAUCCGAAGAGUUAGCCACUGUGAUUAAUGUGACACUGGCAUCGCUCAAUCUCCCUGCUGCCGUGGAAGCCAUUGAUCUCCCCGAUUCGCUUCCGCCGUCACUGCUGGCUCGAUCGAAGGAGAUUCGCGACUCUGGCGGCGUGACUUGUCUGCAGAUGCUAUGGAAUCAGGUCACGUCUCUCCAGCAAACCACCAAUGCGAUCGUCACAAGUAUCGAAACGACCCUGGCUGAAGAAGAGUCCGAUGAUCAGACCCUUCGCACGCAGUAUACCGGAUAUCGCUGGAUGCAAGACCGCAAACCCUCCCGUGUUGCCACCGCAGGCUACUACGGCUCCCUCGUGGAGAUGAAGGGCUCGCUUGGCAGCGCCGCGACAGCCAACAACCAGCUCCGUGACUACCUUGAUGACGCCCUCGCACAGAUUUAUGCUCUGUGUUCUGAAAAGGAUCAGUUGACGGCCAUGGUUCCUUCUGGUCGAGAGAGCGCCGCACGGAUCAAGACAGAUCCCUCGCUGGCGUCCCUCAAGCAAGCACUCUUGAGACUGCAAGUGCAUGCCGGCCAAAUCACAAAGUUUGUUGAGCAGCUCAAGCACAUGAGAACCGACGAUGAUAUUCUUCCAAAGCUCUCUGAAGCCUACACCAAAAAGUCCAUCACCGAGUCCUUUGAUGCACAACCGGUCUUUGACCAGGAGUUGAAGCGCUUCAGUCCUCUCCAGGAACAGCUCGCUGGGCUCAAGAGUCAGCAGCCACAGCUGCUGAAAACCGUUGAGGAUGCAAAUGCCAAGUUUGUACUUGCCAAAGGUUCCGAUAAGGAACUGGAGACGAGGAAGCAAGCUCUGCAAAACUUGGACAUUGCCUACACCGACUUUUGGAAGAUCAAGGGCGGGCUUGAAGAAGGCAUAAAUUACUACAACGAGGCUCAGAGUCGCCUCGAGAAGCUCAAGAAAGUGAUCGACGACUUUUGCUUUGCACGCCAAAUGGAAAAGCGCGACUUUUUGGUUUCAGUCCAGGGCGGCGCUACUUUCGGCGGGGGUUCGGCCGCUGCAACAGCCCGUGCUGCAGGGCCAACCCAAGGCGUUUAUUCCCUGGCGACGUCGGCUCUUCCUCCUGCGGGCUCGGGUCUGUGGACUCCAAACGGCCCCACAGCCAACCCUAUCCCAGGGGCGGCUACCCCGUCUGCUCCAUCUGGCUCGUCGCACGUGCCCGGUGGAUAUCCCUCUCUGACGCAGCCCAGGCAGCGAUAAGAAACCGAGGAGAAAUGGAGAGCGGAGUACAACCCCUCUUUGCAGAUGUCCCAGCCGAGUGAAUAGGAUGGAUUAUACAGCGCUUGGACACAUUCGCCGUGUUCCCGGUUGUGCGCCGGUGGCGAGCUGACGA